GCGUGCUCGUCGCGACUUGCCGCUUGUCCCAUUCGCGGUCUGACGCUAGCGUGGCACGGACGGUGCCUACGCUGUCCCCUCGGACCAAGUUUUACACAAUACCAGAAUCAUUCAUCAGCCAGAAUUAUGAGGGUCCGUCCUCUCUCGACGGCCCUGAUACUCGUCCUCAUCACACUCCUUACCGAGGUGUCAAAGGCAGAGGAUAUCUAUUGGGAAGGGGAAAAUGAAGCUUCAAAUGAGUUCUUAGAAGUGGAUACCGGAGACCUAGGCAUCGGUAAACAUCUAGAGAGGCUAAAACGACAAUUAAAUUUCUUUUCAUUUUUCUCAACAACGACGCCUCCACCAGCUGAGGCCAAUGAGAGCGUCACCGAAGACGAUGAAGAUAUUGGAAAUAAGUACGAAGAUGUGGAAAACGAGGUCGAUGGGGGAUCUGGAGUUCCCGAUCGAACAGAACCUGAACCAAAAGAAAAAACUCUACGAGUAACAUUUGUGGUAAGGGAGCCUUAUCAAACGAAUUACUCGAACAGAGAUUCGUUGGAAUUCCAAAACUUCUCGAAGUCUUUAGCUGAGGCCGUUAAUGCUGUGUUUAGAGACUUACCUGGGACCCAUAGAGCAAGUUUAGUUAGGAUUCAAUCCAGAGCAACGGAUGAAUUCUCCUGUAAAGUGACAAUUGAGAUUGUCACCACAGGCUACGAUGACACCGAGAAGAUUGCUGAAAUUCUUCAAGACCAUAUCCAAAAGAAGAUGAAACUUGGUGAUGUCGUUGUCAGCGAUGAAGACUUUAGUGCUAUUGUCAUUGAUCCAGCAUAUAGUACGCCCCUUGAUUCAUGCUCCGUGGAUCAGUUGACUUGCUCAGACGGUAGAUGUGUACCGGGAACAGCAAGAUGCGAUGGAAACAGAGACUGUGCCGAUAAUUCAGAUGAAAUUGGCUGUCCUUAUGAAGAUAACAACAACCAAGAACAGGAUCGAUAUGAUCCGGAAGACCCAGAUGACAACAAAAAUGAUGAUCAGUUUGGACCUGAAAGUCCCGAUGACGAUUAUCCUAAUCCAGAAGUAAAUGAAAAUACGCCAGGCCCAUACAAUGCUAAUGAAAGGGAAGAUGUGCUUAUAUCUUCAGAUGGUAAACCCAGAGACGAAAAUAACGAAGUUAAUGAUCCUUAUGAAAAUGAGAAUGAUGAUGAUAACUUUAUAAUUACUAAAGACAAAAAUCAAGUUGGAGAAUCCCCCAACGGAGACAGGGGAGACACACCUGAUUUGCAACCAACAGACACUGCAACGGACUAUCCAGGCUUGGACGAAACAUCAGAAACUUGUCCAGAGAAUGCAAUGCGUUGUGAUGAGACCCGCUGCGUCCCAAAUGCAAAACGUUGUGACCAAUACAGAGACUGCAACGAUGGAGCUGAUGAAGAGGGAUGUCCAGAUGAAUCUUGUGGUGUCGACUAUUUCCGCUGCAAUAAUGGAAAAUGCGUAGAAGGUUAUCGACGCUGUGAUCGAGUGGUAGAUUGUCCAGAUGGAGAAGAUGAAGUUGCCUGUGACUGCCGGCCCGAUGAAUUCCAGUGUCAAGACGAUGGCUCCUGUAUAGAGAGCAGAAAACGUUGCGAUGGUGUCAAUCAUUGUAGAGAUGGAUCGGACGAAAACCAGUGCACAGCAAAGGGAUACUUUAGAUGCAGAGGUGGCAAGUUAAUACCCGAAAAUGCGAGAUGCAAUCGUCGAUACGAUUGUGAUCCUGGAGAUUAUAGCGAUGAACAAAAUUGUCCAUGUGGUGACGACGACUUCAAAUGUGACAAUGGCUACUGCAUUCCCAGAUCUAAACAAUGUGACAGAACGCAUGACUGUCAGGAUGGUUCUGAUGAACGACAUUGCACUUAUGGCUCCAUAUGCAUGGCUUAUCAGUAUAAGUGUUCGAGCGGACAAUGUGUAAAGGCUGACGCUAGGUGCAAUGGGACUGUGGAGUGUGAUGAUGGUUCUGAUGAAAAGAAUUGCCCUUGUAAAAGAGGUCAAUUCCAAUGCCGUGACGGCUCUUGUAUUAAUAUUGCUCAACGAUGUAAUGGUCACAGAGACUGUCGACCUAGUGGUGAAGAUGAAAACAACUGCGAUGUCCAACGUUGCUCUCCAGAGAGUUUUACUUGCGACCGUGGAUCCAGUGUUCCCUGUGCCACUCGUUGUGACAAUAAUCCAGAAUGCGACAAUGGUGAAGAUGAAGACGGUUGCCCUGAUUGCGCUCACAAAUGCGACGGAAGGUGCAUUCAAGAAAAUCUAAUAUGCGACGGCGUCUCCGACUGCUCAGAUUCUUCUGAUGAGAUCGACUGUAACACUUGCGAUGGACCGAACGACUUCAGAUGUAGAAAUGGUGAAUGCAUAAAAGCAUCUCAGCGCUGUAACACAAUCGAGGAAUGCUCCGAUGCAAGUGACGAGUUGCAAUGUAACGAUACGAUGACAACUGGACCAAUCACUUGCAAUGAAGACCAAUACCAGUGCCGAAACGGAUUUUGCAUAGACAUGCAAUUCUUUUGCGACAGAAAUCCAGACUGCACCGACAACUCCGAUGAAGAAAACUGCCCAUGUGAUGACGGUUUCUGGCAAUGUCGAACUGGACAGUGCAUCCGAGACUCAGAACACUGCGACGGCACCUAUCAUUGCAGUGAUGGUUCCGAUGAAUACGACUGUCCCACUACUUACAGACCCUUUACCACUGCCUAUCCUUAUACACAACCGCCACCGACACAGCCUUCUGCACCGUUCUUAAACCCAUAUGUGCCUGAUAAUCGAGUAGGGGAAUGUAAAAGACAUCAAUGGCGUUGCGAAAACGGGCCGUGUAUAAACAAGAACCAACGAUGUGACGGUCAUGUGGAUUGUCCGAAAGAUGGCAGUGAUGAAUUCGAUUGUCCUGCAGGCAGCCCCGUAGCACUCAAUUUGAAGACUUAUCCUGUGGAACAAACAGUGCGAAACGUACACUAUGGUGGUGAUGUGGUUUUCUCUUGCCGAGACGAAGGUCCCAUCAGAGCACCAGUGAGAUGGGUUAGGGAAGGAGGCAGAUCGCUCAAACCCGGCUCGGUGGACAGGAACGGUCGUCUUGAAAUGAACCACGUGACUAUGGGCGACAGUGGUAUUUACAUGUGUCAAGCGCCUAAAUACUUGGGAUCUCCUGGUUCCGAAGUGAGGGUAACUCUUGUCGUCGAAAGUCCUUCUGCUACGUCCCGACCUCCGUUCAUUACUUGUCAGUAUGACGAAGCAACCUGUGGUAAUGGACAGUGUAUUCCGAAGGCAGCAGUCUGUGACCGUAAAAUCGACUGCGAUGAUGGAUCAGAUGAAGACACUUGUGGCCAAAACGGACUAUGUCAACCAAACGAGUACCAGUGCGCGAAUCACAAGUGUGUGUUAAAAACUUGGUUCUGCGACUCUGAUGAUGACUGUGGUGACGGUUCGGAUGAAAUCAACUGUCCCACUCUUGAUCCUCACCAAAACUGUAGUCGGGUAGAAUUCGCGUGUACUAGCAAUGACCAAUGUAUUCCGAGAAGUUUUCAUUGUGAUGGACAGAGUGAUUGUCUUGAUAAAUCCGAUGAGACAGGAUGCGCCCCCGUUCACGUCACUCGACCACCUGCACCAUCAAAUGUAAGACUGAAUCCUGGUGACACCUUAACGCUUGUUUGCGAAGCCGUUGGCGUGCCCACGCCUCUUAUAUCCUGGAGGUUGAACUGGGGCCAUGUCCCACAAAAGUGCACAUCCACUAGUGAAAGAGGAAUUGGAAGACUCACAUGUUCAAACAUGCAGCCUGAAGACAGUGGUGCAUACUCGUGUGAAGCUAUCAACAAUAGUGGGACGGUGUUCGCUAUACCAGAUGCUAUUGUGUACGUUAAUAGAACUGAAGCCCUAUGUCCAGCCGGAUAUUUCAAUAGCGAGGCUCGCUCUCAGAACGAAUGCAUCCGAUGCUUCUGUUUCGGAGAAUCAACAACUUGCAAGAGCGCAGAUCUCUUCACAUACAAUAUGCCAACUCCGCUCGGUGAAGGUGGUACUAGGCUUGUUGGAGUGAAACAGUCCUACAACGGCGAUGUACAAAUUGACAAACAACAGACAAUCAACAAUCAGUAUUACUACCAACCACUAAGGAAUGGGGCAACGGUGACCAAAUUGGCAGACUACAGCCCUGCUUGGUCAAGAAGUUCGGGGUCCCAUCCCUACUUGACGCUACCAGAAAGCUACAAUGGGAACCAACUCACGUCCUACGGUGGCCAUAUCAAAUAUAGAUUGUCACCGCACAACCCUCAACCUUAUGGCUACAAUGACAACAUACCUGACAUCGUUAUAAUUGGAAAAUAUCAAAGCCUUGUACAUCAAUAUCGAGGAGAUCGUGGAAGAGACUUGGCGGUUGAUGCACGCCUAACUCCGGAUAACUGGAUGAAACCAAGCCCUCGCGGUUUGAUUGCAGUCACUAGAGAGGACAUUAUGAUGGCGUUGGAUGACAUAGAAAUGAUCUUAGUCCGCGCCGACCUAAACAGCGCUGGUGUAAACAUAACCGAUUUUACUAUGGAGUCUGCUCAGCACAUCAAUGUUGGUCUGGGCUCUGCAAGUUUAGUCGAAGAAUGUAGCUGUCCUCCAGGAUAUGAAGGCCUCUCCUGUCAGAAAUGUGCAUCAGGCUUCGCACGAGAGAGUAAUGGUCCGUGGUUAGGAUCCUGUGUCCCCAAGCCCGCUUGUCCUCCUGGAACUUAUGGAGACCCUAACAGUGGUGGAGACUGCAGACCUUGCCCCUGCCCUCUUACUAAUAGAGGAAAUCAGUUCGCUAGAACAUGUUCACUCGGACCCAGUGGAAUUGUUAUUUGCGACUGCAAUCCAGGUUACGAAGGAAAUGACUGCAGCCGUUGUGCUCCUAACUAUUUCGGCAACCCGCUGAUCCCUGGUGACUCUUGCAAACCAAAACCUUCAGAUAACUGCAAUGGGCUGGGUACUGCUCAAGUUCGCUUACCGGAUGAAUGUGUUUGCAAAGACAACGUUCAAGGAAGAUACUGUGAUCAAUGUAAAGCUGGAACAUUCUUCCUUUCUCAGGAUUUCAGAGAUGGAUGCGCCUCAUGUUUCUGUUCGGGUGUAUCCCAACAGUGUAUGAGCAGCAAUUUACGUAGGAAAACUACUAUGGUUCGUUUCAACGUACCACAAAUAGUAGGACAAGUAAAAUUGUACAAGAGUGCUCCCUUCGGUUCCGGAGGUACAGUAAGAUACAAUGCACCAAUUGAGACUGAUGCCCAACCGGAGUUAUUCAGAGGCGAAAUGAGUCUAAGCAGCUUUGAUAGAACGCAGCCAUCUAUUUACUAUUGGAGUCUACCACCCAGUUUUGCGGGUGAUAAAGUGACUUCCUACGGUGGAUUUUUGAAUUACGAACUGCGGCACGUGCCUACUCCUGGAAGCCAAGGAUCGAGAAACAACGCAGCUGAUGUUCAGCUUAUAAGUGACAAUAGUCUGACUUUCAACUACUUUGGAAGCUUUGCGCCGAAUGGUGACGGGUACUUGAACGCUAGUCUACAACUUUUGGAAAAAGGAUGGCAAAGGCCUGAUGGUAAAGAAGUAUCGCGGGAGCACUUCCUUUUAGCAUUAGCAGACGUGAAGACGAUUUUGAUCAAAGCAACAUACACAACUAAUACUGAGGUAGCAUCCGUUGUUAGUGCAAGCAUUGAAACAGCGGAGUCUGGUGGAGAUGGGCCAUUGGCCCAACAUGUAGAACAAUGUGUUUGCCCUGGAGGCUAUAUGGGAACAUCUUGUGAAGACUGUGCUCCUGGAUACACUAGAAUAUCAAGUGGUUUAUAUUUGGAGCAUUGUGGACCGUGUGAAUGCAAUGGACACUCAAGCAUGUGCCACCCAGAAACGGGUGUUUGUUACGAUUGCGCCGAUAACACCGCUGGAUCUAACUGUGAGGACUGUAGGGAAGGAUACGAAAGGGACAAUUACAAUAACUGUGUACCCCGUAGUUCAAGCACACCAGCUCCGUGCAAUUGCGAUCCCCGCGGAGAAGAAAUUCCCUGUGAUGGAUCUGGAUAUUGUACAUGUAAACAAAAUGUAGAGGGCGACACAUGCAAUCGUUGCAGAGUGGGAACGUUUGGACUCGACGCUGCUAAUCCGCUCGGUUGCUUGUCAUGUUAUUGCUCUGGCGUGACCAACAACUGUCACGAAGCAAGUCACUACGCAAGAAUACCGAUCGCGGCGCCUAUAUUUGGUGAGAACUAUGGAGGAUACACGCUUACUGACUUAAAUGGACAGUUGGUUAUCAACGAUCAGUUCGUACCAGCCCCAGAUGAAAGUGAACUUAUGUACAUGUUCUCUUCUCCUCCUCAAGAAGAAUUAUACUGGUCCUUACCGGUCUUCCCAGGUAACCGAGUUCUCUCAUACGGCGGUACAUUGUCACUAACGCAGAAGUUCCAAAAUGGCGGAUAUCCUGAAGAAUCUAUACCUGGAAAUGACGUCAUCUUUAUUGGUGAUGAGAUCUCUGUAUACUGGUCAAACCCAACACCCAUUAGAUCUGGUGAAUCUUUGAGUUACCAAGUGCCUCUUCAAGAAAGUGGCUGGUUCAUCCUGAACACACCAACACCAGCGAGCCGUCGGGACUUCAUGAGUGUCUUGAAAAACCUUCGCCGUGUACUGGUCAGGGCGACACUAUCUGAUGAUGUCUUGUCUACGGCAAUUGCUGACGUCUCUAUGGAUACCGCAUCAGAACUCUCCGACUCGUCUUCGCCUGUUGCUAAGAGCGUUGAGAUUUGUAUUUGUCCGGAAGGGUACUCAGGAUCAAGUUGUGAAACAUGUAAUGCUGGAUACUACAAGGAUCAGAAUGGCAGGUGCAGGCAAUGCAAUUGCAAUGGACACGACUGUCAGCUGAAUAGCUACGACGAACUUAUCUGCAAUUGCCGUCCGCCCUACAUAGGACCAGAUUGCUCCACUGUUGGUGGUGAUGCCAGCGUUGAUCAAACAACAAGACCUGUUCCACCUCAAAGCACUGUAACAGUGACCAUUACAAGUCCAACUAUUAAAAUAGAGGAAGUGGGAAGUACAGUUAAUUUCACAUGUCAAGCCCAAAGCAUAAACAUCCGAGGCCCACUAAUUGUUAACUGGUAUAAGUCUGAUGGGGACCUACCACAGGACAGAACGCAAUUCGAUCAAGACACUGGAAUGCUGCGUAUAACCAACCUACAAGUGUCCGACAGUGGAAUGUAUAUAUGUCAAACAAGCGAUGGAGUAUCCACGAACCAAGCUUUCGCAACGCUCAAAGUACCAGGCAAUGAUAUGAGACUACCAACUGUAUCUAUCAGCCCGCCAAUAGCAGAAUACUACGAAGGUGACAGGAUCGAACUAACUUGUACCACAACUGGCAACCCUGCACCGAGAAUUACGUGGCAGAGAGCAUACAACCGGCCACUUCCACGAACAACUCAAAGAUAUGACGCUUUAUUGGUCAUUGAAAAUGCAAGACAGGACGAUUCAGGCGAAUACAGGUGUAUUGCAUCAAACGCAGCUGGAACCAGGGACAGAACAGCAGUUGUGACAAUCCGCCAAAGACCUUCACGGCCAUCUAAUCAAGAAUUAACUGUAUCUACUCAAACUCCGACUGUCGAUGAGGGUAGAAGCAUUACAGUAGUGUGCACUGGAACUACUAAUGUGCCAGCUGGAGCUAUUAAUUGGGUCAGACAAGACGGCACUGAUUUCUUACCAAACGUACGCUCCGAUAGUGGUGUUUUGUAUAUCGAUUUUGCUCGUCUCGAAAACUCUGGAGUUUACAUCUGCCAAACGUCAGCCUUUGGUGUUAAUCCAACCUUAAUUACUCUUGAAGUAAGACCGCAAGGUCCGCCCGUAGAAACAUCAAAUAUCACCGUCUCUGUCGACCAUCUCAGAAUUCCAACUGGUGGAAGCGGGACAAUAGAAUGCACUCCCCAAGGUUAUCCAGUACCACUUAUUAAAUGGACUAAGCAUCAAGAUUCAUUUGGUCUUGGUACGAGCCAACGCGAAAAUACUCUUAUAAUCAGUAACGCCCAAGACGGCGACCAGGGUUACUAUCUUUGUGAGGGAUCAGUGGACGGAGUGCCUAUUAUCAGCACCUAUGUCUACGUGGAGAUUGAAAAACGCGUGGCUCCACGUUUAGAAAUAUAUCCACAAGGAGAGAACUAUGUAACAUUAGGCAGCCAAUACCAAAUACACUGCCGUGUCACUGGUGGCAUUCCUUCACCAGUCAUAACUUGGGACAAGAAUAGAGGACAGUUGUCACCGCACGUAGAAAUUCAACAGAAUAACAAUGUUCUAAGUUUCCAAACAGUAGAAGUCAACGAUGAAGGCACCUACACAUGUACAGCAACCAACGAGGCUGGAUCAACCAGUGCGAGUGCAACUGUAAAAGUUAGAUCUCCACCGGAAAUAACUAUCACUCCAAGCAACUUUAUUCAAGUGAUAAAGGGAGACAAGGUUGAUGUCGAAUGUAGGGCAGAUGGAUACCCGGAGCCAAUAGUUUCUAUUAAAUUAUCUGAUCGUGAAUUCGUGUCACCAUCACCUAGAAUAGCUGUGCUGUCAAUAUCUUAUGUGAAUGAGAGGCAUGAGGGUGAAUACACAUGUAUUGCUACCUCUGCUGCUGGUACUGUCGAAGAACAAUUCGCUAUUCGAGUUGAAAGGGGUGACGGAGGCUUUGGAAAUGAUGUAGAAGGCAGUGGCGAAGACAGCAUUGGAUCAGAGUAUCAACCAGAUUUUGAUGAAAACGCACCGAGUAAUAUGGUAGCUAUUGAAGGACAAGAAAGCCGUCUCGGGUGCAAUGCGUCGAAGGAAUUCCAAGUUGUUUGGGGACGAGCUGACAGAAGCCCACUUCAAUUCAACGCUAGACAAUAUGGUUCAGAGCUUAUCAUUUACAACACAUCGAAAGCAGACUCUGGUAGAUACGAAUGCACAUUGAUAAACCAACGUACGGACGAAGUACAGCAAUCUGUAUACACAAGUUUGCAAGUUAUGGCCGCUCCCAGGAUCACCUUGAGACCUCCAUCACAAAUAGUACAUCCAGGGCAAUCACCAACAGUCGAGUGUGUCGUUGAAGGAGACGAUAUUAUUAGCAUUUCAUGGAGACCAGUUGAUCGGUUACCUUCAAGCCGCGUAGAGAUCCGUGAUUCUACUUUAUUGUUCCGUCAAAUUGAAGUUGAGGAUGCUGGAAAAUACGAAUGUUUUGCAAUGAACAGAUUGGCUAAUGCCACUGCGAUAGCUGAGGUUAUUGUUAACGAAGAAGCCGAUCGUGCGCCGUCGAAGUCGCAUGAUAACGAACAAUUCGCACACGUGGGAGCCGCUGUUCAUCUGAGCUGCAAUGUCACUCAGCCCAGAAUGAAAAUAAGAUGGAACAAAGAUGGCAGAGCGCUACCACGCACCGUAACUCAGAAGACAGAUGGAUCUUUAUUCAUUAGACUCGCACAGAAAACAGACAGUGGCCGCUAUGUUUGUAUUAUUUGGGACGGCUAUGGACGACAAACUAGCAAUUACAUCAACCUUCACAUAGAGGGUGUUGAAUGCUCGCCGUCAGAGUUUCAUUGUUAUGACGACAGUGCUUGUAUUCACGAGGACUUAAUUUGCGAUGGAUAUGAUAAUUGUCUGGAUGGUAGCGAUGAAAAUAAUUGCAUAUUAAGAGAAAAAAGGCUAUUGCAGCCGCCUUCGGAUCCACGCCCAACUGGAAGUCGUGACGAAGCACCGGCCUUAGUAUCAAUCGAUCAGCCACGGAGACCUUUUAGGGUUAGAGAAAAAGUGGAAGUCCUUUGCAGAGCAAGAUCUAGAAAUAUAAGAGUUUCAUGGGAGAGAUAUAAUACUAACCAAUACGUAGAAACAAGGACCUAUGGCGAUGGAUCUCUAUUACUGAUACCAAAUGUCGAGCAAUCCGAUGCUGACGUAUACAGAUGUACUGGAAUUGACCCCUACGGAAGACAAUCUUCGGAUGAUUUUGUACUUGAAGUUGUGCCAGUGUCUGAUACAAAACCAUACCCCAUAAAUGAUGAUGAGACCAUGUACACUGUACGUUUGGGUGACACGAUUGACUUGCCAUGCACCAGCAAUUUACAAGAACCCGUAUCUAUUGAAUGGAGACGAGAAUUUUCACCACUACCAGCCGACGUUAGGCGAAAUGAGCGGAGCCUUCACCUAGACAGUGUGACUGAAGCUGAUGCUGGUACUUAUGUGUGUCGUGUGAGGAACAACGUAGCUCGUGUUGAGACAAGAGCUACUCUACGCGUCGUUGGCAUUGUACCCAAAUUCAAUGGCGAUGGAUGGCUUGUUCUACCUACCUUGAAAGAUGCAUACAUGCAGUUUGAAAUUGAGGUCUCCUUUAAACCUGCUGAUCCAAACGGAAUAAUACUUUACAACAGUCAGAAAGAAGACGGAACAGGACACUACUUGGUCUUGCAAUUAGUCGAUGGAGUACCACAAUUUACCCUCAAGUUUGAUGCAGCUGAUGCUUUAGUAACUAGGGGUGAUAGGCCACUUACCCUUAACGCUUGGCAUACAAUUCGCCUCAGACGAAGUGGAUCUAAAGUAACCAUGGAUGUGGACAACACGGGACCAUUCUCAGCGGAAUCAUCAAUUCAGUACCAGACCUUGGAUCUCUAUGCACCAUUAUACAUUGGUAAUGCACCACGACAACGACCAUAUGAACUUGAAACUACUUCAGGAUUCGUAGGUUGCGUAAGCAUGUUGAUACUGGGCAAGGAAGAAAAGAAUAUAAUGGCAGAUAGCAUAGAAAGAAACAAUGUCUACGAUUGCGACUCUUGUACGCCAAAUCUAUGUCUCAACAGCGGCGUGUGUCAGGAGGCACGUAAUGAACGCGGCUAUAUAUGCAUUUGUCCUGGCGGUUUUGCUGGUCAAAACUGUGACAAGACCGGCGAAGCCUGCCGCCCAGGAUUGUGUGGACCAGGGAAAUGUACAGACACCGCUGAUGGCUAUAGAUGCGCAUGUCCUGUCACUUAUGCUGGAAGAAAUUGCGACGUUAGGCAAAAUAUCGAAUUUCCAGCAUUUACGGGUAGCGCAUUCUUAGCGAUCAAACCGCCUCAGACUUCACGUUAUCUCAAAAUGUCUAUGAAGAUCAAGCCAAAACCACCUGUAACUGAUGGUAUUAUAAUGUACUGCGCACAAUCACCUAGAGGCUACGGUGGAUUCACAUCUCUCACAGUUCGUGAUGGACACUUGGAGUUCAGAUACGACCUUGGCGACAAUACCGACCCUGUGGUACUGACAAGUAACAAGACCCUACAAGCUAACUCAUGGACAUCAGUUCAAAUUAUUAGAAGCGGUGAUUUAGUCUCGUUGACAGUGGAUAUGAUCCAUAGCUACAAUCAUAAGCUGCCAUCACCUAGGUAUCUGAGCUUGGAAACACCAUUGUUCGUGGGCGGCGUUGACGACUCCGUCGUUCUCAACAACAAUACUGGCGUCGUUGGGGGCUUUAGCGGAUGUAUCAAGGAUGUCAAACUGCAAGGAGAUGACUUGAACUUAAUAAAUUCGUCAAUUCAAUCAGCAAAUGUUCAGGAAUGCGUCAACUACGAUCGCGGAGACAUACCAGACGUUGAGAGCAUAUGUUCUCAAUGUCGCAAUGGUGGAUAUUGUCUGAACGCUGACUCGACGUACUGCACUUGUCCGUCUGGCUUCUCCGGCCAAUACUGCGAGUACAGGGUACCUCUGAGUUCCCAAAGACAGCCCUUGAACAACCCUUGCGCAGCUCUGCCGUGCAGAAAUGGUGGGACGUGUAAAAGCGAUUUCUCUGCCCGAAUGAAUUAUACAUGUGACUGUCCCUUGGGAUACGCGGGUCAAGGUUGCCAAAUGAUAUUAGAACUCCUGCAAAGCGUCGGCUUCAAUGGUAACGGUUACUUGGAACUACCAGCUAGUUAUUUAAGAUACGAUCAGUUGAAAAUGGAACCGGCAGUAAUCGCACUUGCUUUCCACACAACGAACGAUGGAGUCCUCCUGUACCAACGGGAAGCUAAACUUAGGAGCGGUGGAGACUACAUAUUAAUUAAGGUUAAUAGAGGCCUUGUCGAGAUGGAAUGGGAUACGGGCAGUGGAUUGAACAGUAUACUUAUCGAUAGAGUAACCGUAAUUGAUGGAGAGAGUCACUUUAUCAUUGCCAAGAUCUUCGAUGAUAACCGCGUUGAGCUGGCCGUGGACGGUGUCUCUAAAUCCAAAACGACCAAUGGCAUCUCCAAUGUAAUGAAUGCUGAUUCGAAUAUUUACAUUGGUGGUAUUCCUGAGAGUUGGAGUGCGGAAUACGACGAUUACCAAGGUCUAACUGGCUGCAUAGAGCAAGUAGAAUUCACUGGUUCCACGAGAGGGCUUCGCUUGGGCAAGGUCGCCGUUGCUGGCAGAAACACACAACGAUGCAGAGACCAAGCGAUUCACUACUGAGUCUACGAUACGAAAUACGAGUCGAAUAUAAUUAUAUACAGCAGAAUUACAAACCUGCUUAGUUAAUAAGAUCUAUUUAUGGGACACUAUUUAAUAAAACUCUCUAUAAAUAUUCGAGUUCCAAGCAUUAUAAAUGUCAAUUGAUGAUAAUAUUAUAGAAUAAGUAGCGUUAAUAAAUAUAUGUUUCGUUACUUUCAGAAACAAACGCGAUUAAAAAAAAUAUUAUUGCUUUUUUUCUUAUUAAAAAUCAAUCUAGAUAUUUUCUUAAGUAGAUUUUGUGAUUGCGUAUAUAUUAUAUCUAUAUGUAUGUUAUCUAAAGUUACAUAUCCCCAUCGGGGGUCUUUGGUGCCAUAAGAAUUAAUUGUUGUAGUUAGGAAAGUAUUGUACUGUAAUUUAAAAGUUUUGGCAGGCUUUUUUAUAUUUUUUUAUACACAUAGUUAUAACUUCAUUUUUUUUCUGAAAGUAUCGAUCAAUUGGGUAAUGUGCCAAAAGUAACGUCAUUAGCUUUUUAUACCACUGCCAUUUAAUUUGCUUUUUUAUUUCAUAGAUUACUUUAAUUUAAGGCCACGUACAUAUAAGUGCUUUUAAUAAGGAACGACUUGCAAUCCGUGAAUAAUAGUUAUAUCGAAGUGAAUAAUUUGCACAACAAAUAUAAAAGGUUACAUUGUAUUAAUAAUGAUGAUUUCAAAUGUUUGUGGAAUUAUAUAGCGAAUACCUAUUUCAAUGAUACUUGCAUGUUAAAUGUUUUUCCUAUAUUAUAAGUGAAUAAAUGCAACUAACAAUAAAUAAAAAUAU